AUGUCUCGCGCAGAGCUCCUUUCUACUCUUGUUUUUAUGGACACCGAAACAACGGGACUCCCAAGCUCCCAAUUUCAUCCACAUAUAACCGAACUAUCCCUCGUGGCAGUCAGUCGGUUUGCGUUAGAAGACGAAGUGGAUGUUCCGCGUGUACAGAACAAACUUGUUCUCUGUUUCCAUCCUCGGGCGAACAUCCAAGAGGCCGCCGCAAAAAUAUCUGGAUUAAAUUACAAAAACCUAUAUCAUCAAAAGGACUUUGACGUCCUGGCUGUAGAACAGAUCCAAUCGUUUCUUCUUCGUUUGGACCCACCAAUAUGCCUUAUUGCGCAGAAUGGAUUUCGGUUUGACUUUCCGCUUUUAAAGUCAGAAAUAUUGCGUGUGAAGGGAAGGGGUUACCGUCUCGUUGACAGUCGAGGCGAAGCAAUAGUGUGUGCCGACACGCUACACCUCUUCAAGGCUUUUCCCGAAAAGUUGAUCCCCGUUACCUCCAAUGACUCAGGCUACUUAUCCACUGAAAUUGAAGAGCUUACGAUUUCGUCUCCUACAGUCGCGGAAGCAGCAUUACCCCAACCCAAGCCGGUAGCUACUUCUAGUCCCGUCAAACCAGCCUCAUUCUCUCUCGGUCCUUUAUAUACACACGUAUUUGGAGAACUGCAUAAUGCCGCUCAUUCAGCCGAAGGUGACUGUAUUGCCAUGAUAAGGCUAGUAAAGCACCUGGAUUCCUGUGCUGUCUCCUGGUUUGAUUCCAAUCACCGACGUCUUUCACACAUUACUCCUUUAUAUCAGCUAAACGAGAGUGAUCUUCAACCUCUUAGUGCCCAAGACUUCCCCUAUGCCAUCAAAUCUUCUUCUUCUAAUGAAUCUUCAUAA